AUGCAAACAGAAAUUAGGGGAAGGCGAGUUAGUUUAAGUCCAACUGCGGACGGCGGAGACCCUCCGAAUCCUAAUCCUAAGUCCAAGAACAUGCGCAUUCCAUGCAGUUUGAAGCUGUAUUUCGACGGUGGCUGCGGUUCAAACAACGCUUGCGCUUCCGGCCACAUCCCUGACGAGUACCCGCAGCUGCUCGCGAGUUCGGACGUAACUCACGCUGAGUUCACCACCUUCAUCAACCAAUGCAACGACAGGCUGCUCAAGUCUAAAUGUUAUAAUAGCUGCGGAUCGCACCUGGUGCUGGAGCUGGUCUUUUUGCUGUGGCCGACGGUGAUCGGAUCUUUAGCAUACAGUUACUUAUCGCACAGGGACAGAGUGGCAUUCGGACGUUUUGUGAAGCAAUUAGCUAAAGAUGUCUUCCGAAAUAUUGAGUCUGCAGUCUUUAGCUGCGAGAAGGGGAGUUCGGCGUACAUUGAGCUGACAUGGGGAGUGGAGAACGCGGCGUAAAGCGAGCAGAUACGGAUGGUACCCCCCAAAAGGGGGGUCACAGCUUUCGCUUUGGCGGUUUGGAAAACUACCAGAUGAAGAUCUUGCAAUGGUUGCCCACCCUGAGAAAUGACGAAUGGGAUCGACCGCGCGGUAGAAAUUUUGAUGUUCUUGGAAUUGUCUUCCUAGCACAGUUUUAGACGUCUCCGUCAAAGACGUGCCACGGUCUUUCGUGGUGCAGUAGAAGAUCGUGUGCAAAAUAAAGUUCUUUAGCUUUACCGUUGUCAGCUGCAACAGCCUCCUGGUAUAUGUCAGCAGAAAUUUGAUAACCGUGUUAGAUGGCUCUCCAAAUUAACAUACAUCUCCUCGUAUCGCUAAGACACGAACAAAGAGGCAAAAUAUACGUUGGUGCUGUGAUCCUUGAAAAGAAUAUAUGAUCCCACGAUGAAUCGAACACGUUCGGCUUCUUCCACUCUCGUUUUUGUUCCAAAUUUUCUACAAUCCAUUCCAGCAGAUCCUGAGAUCAUGUAAUCGUGAAAGCGGUACGCAUCGGUAUUCAGAAAGAUCUUUUAGAUCGUGGGAUCCUCUAGAAUAGGAAUUUUAAAGCACAGAGACGAUCUUGUAGUUGCAGACCACGAACACUCGAAAGCAGUAGAUCAUCAC